AUGAAAGAGGUGAAUUGUCCCUUGGAUUUCACGACUUUUAAUGUAAUGAUUGAUGUUUAUGGUCAGCUUGACAUGGUGAAAGAAGCUGAUAGGUUGUUUUGGAGUAUGAGGAAAAUGGAUAUUGAACCAAAUGUUGUCAGCUACAACACGAUUCUCCGUGUUUAUGGUGAAGCUGAGCUUUUCGGUGAAGCUAUCCAUCUUUUCAGGUUGAUGCAGAGGAAAGACAUUGAGCAGAACGUUGUUACUUACAACACGAUGAUUAAGAUCUAUGGGACAACUAUGGAACACGAAAAGGCAACAAAUCUUGUUCAGGAGAUGCAGAGCAGAGGAAUCGAACUUAACGCGAUUACAUACUCAACUAUUAUCUCAAUAUGGGGCAAAUCUGGUAAAUUAGACCAAGCUGCAACACUGUUUCAGAAACUGAGGAGCUCAGGUGUUGAAAUUGACCAAGUUCUGUAUCAGACGAUGAUUGUGGCUUAUGAAAGAGUUGGUCUAAUGGGUCAUGCUAAACGUCUGCUACAGGAGUUAAAGCGUCCUAAUAACAUACCUAGAGAAACCGCGAUCACUAUUCUUGCUAAAGCAGGGAGAAUAGAAGAGGCCACAUGGGUUUUCCGACAAGCUUUUGAUUCAGGGGAGGUAAAAGACAUAUUUGUGUUUGGAUGUAUGAUCAAUCUUUAUUUGAGAAACCAAAGGUACGUGAAUGUCACUGAAGUGUUUGAGAAAAUGAGAAGCGCUGGUUAUUUCCCGGAUUCAAACAUCAUAGCUAUAGUGUUGAACUAUUACGGGAAACAAAGAGAGUUCGAAAGGCGGAUACGGUUUACAGAGAGAUGCAAGAGGAAGGAUGUGUUUUUCCUGAUGAGUUACUUAGUUAGUGUGAUUCCUUCUUCUAUUGGGAAGCUAGACAAGAUUGAGGAGCUUCUCCUGCAUAGGUCAGGCUUUCAUGGAGAGAUUCCCACUUCUUAUUUGGAUUUGACGAGUUUGAAAGUGUUGGACCUAUGUUUGAACAACCUGGCCGGUGAGAUCACUCGUUCCCUAAGUGGAAAGAGGCUUAUUAGCCUCUCUCUCCGUUCAAAUUUGUUUGAAGGAUCAUUGCCUAACUCUAUUGGUGAAUGUUUUAACGUUGAGAAGUUUCAAGUACAUGACAAUGGUUUAUCUGGUGAGUUGCCCUUGGGGUUAUGGUCAUCACCAAAGAGUAAGAUUAUUAGAGCUGGUAAUAAUAGAUUUACAAGUCAAGUUACUGAGUAUAUCUCUUUGGCUUCUUCAUUAGAGCAAGUUGAGAUUGAUAACAAUUCUUUUUCUGGUGCGAUCCCACAUGAUCUUGGAGUUAUCAAGAAUUUAUACAAGUUCUCUGCUUCGGAGAAUGGUUUUGAAGGAGGAUUGCCACAAAAUUUCUGUGUCUCACCUGUUCUCAGCAUUGUUAACAUCUCUUACAUUAGUCUCCCAGGAAAGAUCACAAAGCUCAAGAACUGCAUGAAGUUAUGUCUCUUUGUCUCUUGGAGGGAAUGCAUUUACCGGUGGAAUCAAUACUUUUUUUAUAGUGUUUCUCUCUCGUAUUGUGUUUCAGUCAAAACAAAAACAAGUUAA